AACUCACAACUUCUUCUCCUUCCAUUAUUUCUCCUUCUCACUUCCAUUUUUUUUCAAACUCCAACAUUUUUUUCUCCCUUUAUUUUCCUCCCUCCUCCAACCCCACGUGUGCUCUCAACCACUAUUUCUCAUGAGCACCCAAGCACCACCCUCACCACCCCAAGGGCUAACCCAAGAAGAAUACACCACCCUUCAACCCCUCAUCCAAACCUACCACACCUUCCACCCUACACCCCCCAACACCACCACCUCCCUCAUCACUCAACGCAUCGACGCCCCCGCCGACAUUAUCUGGCCUUAUGUCCGUCGUUUCGACAACCCCGAACGAUACAAACACUUCAUCAAAAGCUGCCGUUUAACCUCAGGAGACGGCUCCUCCGUUGGUAGUGUACGUGAAGUUAGCGUAGUAUCCGGUCUUCCUGCUUCUACCAGCACCGAACGCCUCGAGCUUCUUGAUGAUCAACACCGCGUGCUUAGCUUUCGUGUGGUGGGUGGACAACACCGCCUUCGUAACUACAAAUCUGUUACCUCCGUGAAUGAGUUUUUCGAGGAUGAUAAUAACAAAAAAGUUUAUACAAUUGUUUUGGAAUCGUAUAUUGUUGAUAUUCCAGAAGGUAAUACUGCUGAAGAUACCAAGAUGUUUGUUGAUACUGUUGUUAAGCUUAAUCUUCAAAAACUUGGGGUUAUUGCUAUGUCUGAUUUGCAAGGUAAUAAUAAUGAUGAAUAAUUAAUUAUUUGGGAUUUUUUUUUUAUUAUUCAAGAAAAAAAAAAAUUAAAUUUUAUUGGAAUGAAUGGAUAGUUUCUCAAAAAUUGAGGCUACCCUCUUCAUAAUUAAUUAUUAUUAUUAUAAUUAUUUUUUAUUCAUGUAUUAAUUUAGCAUGGAUUUGGAGAUUAUCUUGGUCAAUGAUCGAUUAGUUUUUUUUUUUAUUCUUUUUUUUUUUUAAUUGUUGUUGAAAAGAAAAGUACUUACUAGUUGUUAUUAGUUGGAGUUAUUUCUUGUACUUUUGCAUUGACAUAUUCUAUGAUUUUUUAAUGGUUAGAUUACUUGGAUACUACCUUCGUUGUUUGUUAUUUCAACAACGGCCUUAGUAAUUUUCUUAAAUGCAAGCUUUCUUUUAAGUUACACAUUUUGUAUAUGUAUGUUUAUAGU